AUUGAUCUUUGAAUAGUUAUAUCUAUGAAGCACGGAAGUAGGAAACACGACACCGACACUCAAGUGUAGACACCAAUAAUAAUUUGGAAAAAUGAAUAAAUAAAAAGUAAUCACAAGUGUCAGAGUCGUUUUCGGACGCCGACACUAACACGGACAGAAGGAAGGAACACACUACUAUUUGCCUAAAAGAGGGAAAAGGGCCAGUGAGUGUUAUGCCCUACUGUUACCCACACCACCACGAAAAGAGAUCGAAAAACAGGUUCAAGAGUUCCUGAAACAGGGGUUAUUAGACGCAGCUAGAGCUGUCAAAUAAGCCCUAUAACUAAAAGCCUUAAUAAUUUGACCCAUUAAAGCCCUAAUAUAUUGAGCCUCAAUUAGACCCUUUACAAAAUGUUUUUUUUGCCCCAUUGAGGGGUCUUCUUUUAUUCCCAAAACUAGGGCUGGACAGAAUUUAAAAAACCAGCCCAAACCGGCCGACCCACAUGGCCCGUGUGUGCACGGUUCGGUUUAACCGGUUAUUCGGGUUAGCGGUUUACCCAUUUCUGGAUUUACAUGGGUUUGAAUGGACGGUAGUGGAUGGUUGAUUUGAGCCCAUGCAAAACCGAAUCCGACCGGCACAUUCACUAUUUCUUUUAUUAUUAGUUUUGGAGUCUAGUUUUGGAGUAAUAGACUGGAUUGAAAUCAAUAAAUUAGUUAACUAGGCCCAACCCCAUACAAGACACCACCUCACUUCUAUCUUCUUCUUGAGAUUUAGCCACCGCCGCACAACCCCACACACACCAUGUAACCCAGAUUGCAAGAAUUUAUGUAGAAAAUUUCUAGAGACUAUAUCACAGAAACAAAACUAAUCUUAAAGUUAGAUCUCUUCUAACAGUGUUUUGAGUUUCUUAUAACUUUGCUGUUUGGAAUUAGUUCAAAACCUUGUUAUUCCUUUUUGGUUUUCUUAAAUCUGUAAGCAAGAAAUUGGGUCUGACUGUCUGAGAGUUGAGAUAUUUCCAAGUUAAGACAACACCGAUUAAACCGAGUUACCAAACCGAAUCCGAGAAAAUCCGAACCCAAAAAAACCGACUACCAAAACGGACGAAAUUGGACAUGUAUUCCUCAACCGUGGGUUGGUCCGGUUGAAGGUUUUGGACCCGAAACCGAACCGGUCCGACCGGUUGUCCACCCCUACCCAAAACCCAACAAGACUUCAAUUUACUGUAGCUUGGAGACUCCAUUUUUUUCAAUUCCGCACAGCUUCACAGCCACCGCCACCGUCAACCGUGCCGCCGUCAAAUUUUCCCCAUUGCAAAACAAAGGCAAAGGAAAGAAAGCUCAGAAUAUAGCUGACAAGCUGGAAGGGUGCAGUGAUCGAUAGGAGGAAUGAGGAUCGUUGGACUGACCGGUGGAAUAGCAAGUGGCAAGAGCACUGUUUCCAAUCUAUUCAAGUCUCAUGACAUUCCUGUUGUCGAUGCUGAUGUAGUUGCUCGUGAGGUUUUGAAGAAAGGGAGUGGUGGAUGGAAAAAGGUCGUCGAGGCGUUUGGGGAGGAAAUUCUACUAGACAAUGGGGAAGUUAACAGACCCAAACUUGGUCAAAUCGUUUUUGCGGAUCCCGAUAAGCGUCAAUUUCUCAAUCGAUUGUUGGCUCCUUAUAUAUCGUCGGGGAUCUUUUGGGAAGUCGCGAAGCUGUGGUUGAAAGGUUACAGGGUCAUUGUUCUUGAUGUCCCUUUGUUAUUUGAGGCCAAGAUGGACAAGUUCACGACGCCCAUUAUUGUCGUGUGGGUUGAUCCUGAAACACAGAUUCAGAGACUCUUGGCAAGAGACAAGUCUAACGAGGAGGAUGGUCGGAAUAGGAUUAAUGCUCAGAUGCCACUGGAAGAUAAAAAGAGUAAAGCUGAUAUAGUAAUAGACAACACCGGCUCACUAGACGAUUUGAAUGAACAAUUUCAGAAGGUUUUGGUCCGGGUCACGGGACCCUUGACAUGGUGUCAAUUUUGGCGUUCUAGGCAGGGGGUCUCGAUCAUUCUUGCUUCACUUUCCUCUGGUGUUGUUCUAUGCGCAAAGGCAUUCAACAACAACAGGUCAUAGCCACUUGCCUAUUUUGUGAUUUAUGAAGUGCUUCACACUGUAUCUCUUUCUAAGUUCCGAUCAAAUAGAUACCAUACUACAACCCGAGUUUCAAGAUGAUAUUAGAAUUUACUUGUUUAUUAUAGGAUUUAUUGCAUACUAUUACUGUUAGUGUACUCCAAAAGACGAGAUAUGGAAUAUUGAUAAUGGUAAUAACAGGGAAUUUGUCCAUAGACCUGUCAAACCAUUGGCUUACAUUAAGUGGAAGAUGGCCUAUUGUCCAUUAUCAUAUCGUGCUAUAUUGAUAUGGAUGUUUUUGUUUUAAUGUUGAAUGUUACUAUUUGCCAA